AAAAAUCAAUUAUAUAUAAUAAUAAUCAUUUAUGUAAUUGGCCAGGGUGUAACGGCUAGAACUUGUUCUUUAAUCCCACUUGCAUAUUCCAAUAAUUUAUUUAUUUUCCAAUUCAAACUAAUACAAUUAAUCAAUCUCCUCAACCUCUGUGUAUAAAUACAGACAAAUGAAGCCAACACAACAUGUGAAGCAACAGCAACUCAAGACUCACAAACAAUGGAAAAUCAAAGCUCUAGUUUCAUUAUUUUCGCAUCACUUCUUCUUUCCCUCCUCUUAACUUCGGUUUCUGCUCAACUUAAGGAAAACUUUUACAAGACCUCAUGCCCCAAUGUUGAAUCCCUUGUUCGCUCUGCCGUCGUAAAGAAGUUUCAGCAGACCUUCGUCACUGCUCCUGCAACUCUACGACUCUAUUUCCAUGAUUGCUUUGUUCGGGGAUGUGAUGCUUCCAUUAUGCUGGCAAACAGUAGUCCUGAGAAGGAUCAUCCUGAUGAUAUUUCGCUUGCUGGGGAUGGAUUUGACACAGUGAUCAAAGCUAAGGCAGCGGUUGAUAGUGUUCCUCAGUGCAAAAACCAAGUCUCUUGUGCAGAUAUUCUAGCUCUUGCUACUAGAGAUGUCGUUGCCUUGACAGGGGGGCCAUUUUAUAAAGUAGAACUGGGAAGACGUGAUGGGAGGAUAUCGACCAAAAAAAGUGUUCAACACAGACUUCCUCACCCUGAUUUUAAUUUAGAUCAACUUAACUCCAUGUUCGCCUCACAUGGUCUCACUCAAACUGAUCUGAUCGCAUUAUCAGGUGCACAUACUAUUGGAUUCUCUCAUUGCAGCAAAUUCUCUAAACGACUUUACAAAUUCAGCUCCCAGAACAAGACUGAUCCCACCAUAAAUCCUACCUAUGCAUUGCAACUAAAACAAAUGUGCCCCAUAAAUGUCGAUCCAAGAAUCGCAAUCAGCAUGGACCCGAGGACACCACAGCAAUUCGACAAUGCCUAUUUCAUCAACCUUAAAGAAGGAAAGGGACUCUUCACCUCUGAUCAAAGUUUGUUCACUGAUCCAAGAGCAAGAGCUACAGUAGAGCUUUUUGCAUCAAACAAUACAGCUUUUCAACAAGCUUUCAUUAGUGCUAUAACCCGGCUUGGUCGAGUAGAUGUUAAGACUGGAAACCAAGGGGAAAUUCGGAGACAUUGUACUCUUGUGAACUAGAGAUCAGCUAAAUUAAUUUUUUAGUUUUGUAUUAUUCUAAAGUGCAUUUCUUAAUUUCUUGGUCUUAUGAAUUUGUUUUUGGUUUUUGUUUAUAAGUGAUGAAAGAGCCAUGUAUGUUAGAGAAAUGAAUAAUGAAUAAUAUUGUUAUGCUGACAUUUUGAUUCA